UUUAUUGUUUUACUUGAAUGGGUUUAGAUCAUUAUAAUUUGUAUCAAAGCGGUUUCUUUCGAGCCCUUUUUUUCCGCUUUCCAUGGCCAGCAACACCAAAAUCCAUGUCAAGCAAGAGCUCGUGGACCCGAAUCUGGUCCCCAGAGUCAAACUCAAACCUGAUUCCACCGCCUCUGCUGCCGUAAUCGAACUCUCGAGCUCCGACUCCGACUCCGAUUCUUCUUCUUCCGAUUAUGAUAGCCCCACCCCCAGCAGAAGUAAUAGUGUGAAAAGGAAGAGAAGAACGACGGUGGAGGACUUUAGCGCGUUGUUGCCGGUGGGGUUUCUGGAUCCCUUGCCGUCUAAACUGACGCCGUCGCCAUUACCGUUGCCUUCGCCGCCGAGUGAUGAGGCGUGCUUACCAUUGCCGCCUGCGGGAGUGAACGCCGUUGUGGAUGCUAGUGCAAAGCAGUUCUGGAAGGCGGGUGAUUAUGAGGGGCCGCCUGGUGGCGACUGGGAUUCUUCUAAUGGGGGCAUGGACCAUGUCAGAGUGCACCCCAAGUUUUUACACUCUAAUGCUACCAGUCAUAAGUGGGUUCUUGGAGCCUUAGCAGAGCUCUUGGAUAACUCAUUGGAUGAGGUCUGCAACGGAGCAACUUUCGUGAAUAUAGAUAUGGUGAAAAGCAAGAAAGAUGGGAGCAAGAUGUUGCUGAUAGAAGAUAAUGGUGGCGGAAUGGAUCCGGAUAAAAUGCGUCAGUGCAUGUCUCUUGGUUAUUCUGCAAAGAGCAAACUUGUAGAUACUAUUGGGCAAUAUGGAAAUGGCUUUAAGACAAGCACCAUGAGACUUGGCGCUGAUGUUAUUGUUUUUUCUCGAUGUUGUGGGAAGAAUGGAAAAAGGUCAACACGAAGCAUUGGAUUGCUAUCCUAUACGUUUCUGAGAAGCACCAGAAAAGAAGAUAUCGUGGUUCCCAUGCUUGAUUAUGAAAGAAGAGGACAAGAAUGGAACCGGAUGGUUCGAUCCUCUGCUGCUGACUGGAAGCUAAAUGUUGAGACGAUAGUACAAUGGUCUCCGUUUUCAAGUGAAGCAGAUCUUCUUCGACAGUUUGAUCAGAUGCAAGAUCAGGGUACUCGGAUAAUUGUAUACAAUCUUUGGGAAGAUGACCAGGGCAUGCUGGAGCUGGAUUUUGACACUGAUCCACAUGAUAUCCAAAUCAGAGGUGUCAACAGAGAUGAGAAGUGCAUAGAUAUGGCAAAGAAGUAUCCUAACUCCAAGCACUUUUUGACAUAUCGUCAUUCAUUGAGGAGUUAUGCAGCUAUUCUCUACCUCAGAAUUCCUCCUAACUUUCGAAUUAUUUUGCGCGGUGAAGAUGUUGAGCACCAUAAUAUUGUGAAUGAUAUGAUGAUGUCUCAGGAAAUAACAUAUCGUCCUCAGCCAGGUGUUGAUGGGAUUCCAAAGGACUCAAAUAUGGUUGCUGUAGUUACUGUUGGGUUUGUGAAGGAUGCAAAAGCUCACAUUGAUGUUCAGGGGUUCAAUGUUUAUCACAAAAAUCGGCUUAUCAAGCCAUUCUGGAGAGUUUGGCAUCCUCCUGGUAGUGACGGUCGUGGGGUUAUAGGUGUGCUUGAAGCCAAUUUUGUGGAACCGGCUCAUGAUAAGCAAGGUUUUGAGCGGACUACUGUUCUUGCAAGACUCGAGACGCGAUUGAUACAAAUGCAAAAGACAUAUUGGUCCUCAAACUGUCACAAGAUUGGCUAUGCUCCCCGACGCAAUAAAAAAGUUAAUGAAAGAGAGAUCUCCCCUGAUUCUUUUACUAGAAGUACGGAGUUAAAGAAGAGAAAUAUUGCUUCAAGUGACAAGGGACAGACCAAGUUGGUGGACAAGGGCAAUAACAACGGGCGUCUUAAUGGGAAAGGGGAAGCUGGAACACUUAGAAAACGACCAAGUUAUCGAGAGCAGUCCCCAUCUUCUUCAGAAGAUAUAAGCUACAAUGAUAGGCAAAACCGUGCAUCCAAAAAGCAGACAAAUGGCUCAUCUUCAAGGGAAUUCUUGGGAAAAGAUGCUCAGAAGCUAUCAGGGUCGAGAAGUCGUGAAGCUCCACAAAAUAACCCACCUGCUGAAAGGCCUGCCCGAACAACCAGAAAUUCAAACCUACAGGAGAAUGGCUUUAACUGCUAUGAGUCAUCACCAUCAAGUUCCAGUUCUCAUGCUUUAACUCAGUUGAAGGAAGAGAAUCUCCAAUUGAGGGAAAGAUUGAAGAGGAAAGAAGAGGAGAUUCAUGGUGAUUUACUGCUUGAUUUACAGAAAGAAAAAGAAAGAUGCAAGUCUCUCGAAGCUCAGUUGCAAGAGGCAACGCGGAAAUAUGACGAGCUUAGUAAAGAACAGGAGAGUUUAAUAGAUAUAUUUUCAGAAGAGAGGCAGCGCCGUGACAUUGAGGAGGAAAAUUUGAGAAAGAAACUAAAGGAUGCUUCAAUUACUAUUCAACAGUUGCUGGACAAGGUGAGGUUUCUGGAGAAAACUAUCACUAAAUAGGUUAAGUUGCUGAUGUAAUUGGAAUUAGCGAUUCGUACUUGUCGAAGUGUAUGCUGUGUAAAAUUGUACAUGGUAGGAAUAGCCACAUUUCUGAGCACCAGUUGCUUCACAUUCCCUCCGUCAAAGCUGCUGGAGUUUGCUGAUGUAUAGUAAGGCACCAUUCUCCCUCAGAUUCCAGGUAUUAGGUUAGUCAUCACUACGUCUGGCAGGUUCUAACUUGUCUUGACAUCUACCCUUUAGCAUCUUUUGAUUUCACAGGUCGUCUAAACAAGAAUUGUAUGGGGAGGGAGAUAAUUUUUCUCUGUGCCUGUCUGUGCAUUGAAUAUUUUCUGUUGUAAAAGAUUCCAGUGUAAACUGAUCCAAUUGAUGAUAUUUGUUUCUAGUCUUAUAUUAUUUUUCCUUUGAUUUAA